GUAGAUAUGAUGGAGAUGAAGUGAACCACUUCAACUAAAUAUGAUAUUGCUGUUCUUGUCUCUAACGUUGGCAUUUACGGUGGAAGGCGCGCGUAUCCUGGCAGUAGUCCCAGGGUCAGCCAGGAGUCACCAUGUCAUCAUCCAGGCCAUCCUGAGGACACUGGCAGAGGCUGGCCAUGACGUCACCGUCUAUGGGGUUCACUCCCUGGAAGAUCCUCCUCCCAACUACACUGACGUCACACUGGGAAGUAGUGAGGGAAUACCCUACAAUGCGUCCAGAAACUGGAACUGCCUCGAAAACAUAUUCAGCCGCUACGACAAGUUGAUGGAAAGAACCUUUGGAAACUCAGGAAUCAUUAAACUCCUCAAGUCUGAUGAAAGAUUCGACUUGGUCAUCACAGAACCCUACCAAGGCCAAGAGUUUAACCUGAUCUUUGGCCACAAGUUCCAAGCUCCGACCAUCGGGAUCCACACCUACUCUGCCAACAGCUUGGUGAACCUAAACAUGGGGAACGUGUUCUCUGUGUCUCACAUUCCUCAGAUGUGCUACGCCCACUCGGACCGUAUGAGUUACUGGGAGAGGUUCACGAACUUCGUGGCUCUUGUCGGAGGGAUCUACUCGUACUACGUCCACCACUUGCCCAAUGUAGAGAUGAGGAUGAAAGAGUUUUUCCCUGACGCGCCUCCCUUGCAGGAGUUGGUCAGUGAUGUGUCUUUGAUGUUCGUCAACGAGCACCAAACCUUGGACUACGCUCAGCCUAGACCAAUGACGAUUGUUCCUGUGGCUGGGAUACAUAUUGACCCUGUGAAACCGUUACCACAGGAUAUUCAAGAGUUCAUGGACAACGCGACAGCUGGAGUCAUCCUGUUCGCUCUCGGAAGUGUCAUUCCUGAUGAAACGAAACCUACAAAAUACUUCACUGGCAUUGCCAACACCUUCAGGAAGCGGCCUCAGAGAGUAAUAUGGAAGACAAGGAUGGAGAAAAUUGAUAAUCUACCAGAAAACGUGAUGCUGGUGAAAUGGAUGCCUCAGAGCGACAUUUUGGCUCACCCUAACUGCGUGUUGUUCAUCACCCACGGAGGCGCUGCCAGCUUCUAUGAGACUAUACACUCCGGAGUGCCCGUGGUCGGCAUCCCUCACUUCGCCGACCAACACCGCAACGUCGCCUACUACGUGGCCAAGGAGGUCGGGGUCAGGCUCCUCCCUGAUCAGGUGUCCGAGACCACACUUACCACCGCGAUACGUAAUGUACUUGGCAACACAAAAUAUCGAGAUAACAUGAGAAGGCUGUCUCGUAUACUCCAAGAUACCCCAAUGUCACCGAAGCAAGCCGUCGUCUUCUGGACCAACUACGUACUACGUCAUCAAGGGGCUGCCCACCUCAAGCCAGCGACAGCUAAAAUGUCUUGGUACCAGCGAACUCUACUUGAUGUCAUGGUGGUUAUUGUUUGUUUGUUUAUAGUUAUUCUGGUUAUGUUUUAUGUUUGUUUGAGGGGUGUGCUUCAUUUAUAUCGAAGACGGAGUAUUUUAGAAGUGUUUAAAGAAAAGAAAUAUGUUUAGUACUUUCGUUUGCCACAACUCACAACUCGCUGUACCGGAUUUGUAGUGAGAUUCUGUAAAAUAAUUUGACACUGAUGUACAGUACAGUGAAGUGAUUGUCAAUUAGGUAAAGUAAGAGCCUAGUGCCAUGACAAUAGUGUAAAAGUUUGUUCAGUACUUACGGAAAAAGAUGAAUGUGAAAGAAGG